AUGAGAAAUGUUUCACUUUUAAUUAUCCUUUUGCUGAAAUGUUACACAGCAGUUUUUCUAAACAAUUCAUCGCCUCUCAAUGUAAAUCCGAUAAACGCGAAGAAAAUAAGUGGAGUUGUCAGCCAUGGAAAAAUCAAUGUUUAUUAUAAAACGCUCAAUGUCUCGUUCGCUUUGGAUUUGAUUCGAAUCAGUGCUGCAAUUGAAGAUCCAGAACAAUAUGCAAUUUUUGGAUCUGAUCCAAUCCUUAUUAUAGUGUGCUCAAAUGGACGUGAUGCAGUUUCUAUCAAACUUCCUGUUAACUAUGGGUUUCCUCAAAACUCCAAAACUGUUGUUUUAAAAGAUCAACGCCUGACAAUUGUUAAACCAUUGGGAUAUUUCAUUGAUGCCAAAAGCCAAGGUAUUACAUCGCUUCGAGUUACUGUAGAAAGCAAGGAUAGCUUUUGUGCCACGCUUGUAUCAUCUCCUGAAUCCGAAAAUAUUUACGAUGCAAAUUUACAUUCAGAAAUCCAAAAUAGCAGAAAGUUCACAUUCGAUAGACGAGGAGAUUUGUACUUUUCUCAUUCUGAGAUCGAAAUGUACAAAAGUUUCCGAAUUUAUGUUUUUGUCAACGCCAAUGAUUCUGUUUGCAAUCCGGAUGCACCACCAAGAAAGCAUGUUCUGCAGAAUAAGCAGGUCACUUUCAAGUUUGAGAAGUUGGAAACAGAUAGCUAUAAAGUUCCGAUUAGCGCCAUGUUUAUCGUCUUUGCGUUGACUAUCAUAGUGUUUUUAGGGAUGUCACCGAAGUUACUCAAUGGCCAACUAUUUAUUCUGAGAAAAAUACAAUCUAUUGGUGUGGUUUCAAAUCCGUUACAUGUAUCUACAAAUGAAUCAAAUUUAAUUGAUUUGAGUCAUGAGCAGCCGACGAUUCCAAUUGUUAAAGAUUCUGUGGUCCCGGAACCCUCGGAACACCUAGUGGUUCCAAUUGGCGAACAAAUAACAUCUUCUGAAAUUAUUCAAGAUUCCCUCUCAACUCACUUUGAUGCUUUCAAGUAUCCCUUGGCCGUAUUUCUGCCAAUUUUCAUGCAAGUCGCUAAAUUCUUUCAGUGGACAAAUUCUUCAUAUUCCAAUAUUGAUCAAACUUGCUUCUUCAAUCAUGCUUGCGCAAAACCUCUCGGUGAUUUUCGGGCAUUCAACAACAUCAUUAGUAAUGCUGGAUAUCUGAUGUUCGGAUCUUUUUUCUUCUUUUAUACGCUGAAAAGAAGAUCGAGACACUCGACGAAUCCUCAAAAUGGAGUUUAUGAGUGCGCAUUAAUCGAUAUGAUGAUUGCUGCUUUCCUUAUAACUGAAGCAAUUGCGAGUUCAACAUACCAUAUAUGUCCCAGCGAUAUUGCAUUCCAAUUUGAUACUCCAUGUAUUCAAGUGAUUUGCGGACUUUUAAUCGUACGACAAAAUCUUGUUCGCCGCGAACCACCAUCACCGCAAUACACCAACUCCCUUCUUGUUGCCAUCUUCGGCGCUAACAUGCUCAUUACAAUGUUUUCGAAACAGCAGCAUAUUCGCGGUAUCAUAGCGGGAAUUCAUUUACUAGCCACUCUAGGAUUUUGUAGAGAAAUCAGAAAACUGAACUCAUCAUAUUCGAAAGCGUGGUGUUUAAAUUUGUUCGGUCUGAAUUUUGUUCUCAUCGUAGUUUACACUUUUUUGGCUAACGUUGUUCAUUUGCAACAGAUUUUGCCGUAUACUCUAGCUAUUAAUUGUUUCUUCUAUAUAUUGUUUUAUACAAUAAUGAAAGUUGUUCACAAAGAAAAAAUUUCGAAAUCUGUCUCGUUAUACGGAUUAUUCUCAAUCAUUUCCUGGUUUGUCGCACUUUACUUUUAUCUCGACGAUGGAACUGAUUGGACUAAAACUAGUGCUCAAAGCCGAUCUCUCAACAAACCAUGCAUUCUAUUAAACUUCUUCGCAUCUCAUGAUCUUUGGCAUAUCUUUAGCGCGAUCGCAACUUUCUGGACGCUUAUUUUUGUUAGCAAAAUCGAUGACAAUUUGUACAUUGUUGAAAGAAAAGAUAUCGCAGUCUUCUAA